AUGUUUUACCAUGUUAUCGGUCUUAGUUACCGGAAAGAUCUGACAUACAACCAGAUAUCUGUUGUAUAUGGAGACGCGUUCGUCAACAUUAGAGGAAGACCAACAAGGAUCACUCUGAACAACAACCCGAUACAUAUUAUCGAGACUAACGCAUUCAGGCAGUUGGACGUAACGAGACUAUACCUGCAAGAUCUGAAGAUAGACCAUCUGGAGUACAAUACGUUUGAAGACGUCACGGCUGUGGAAAUCAAUCUGACAAAAAACAAAAUCAAGACACUCGCCGCCGCCGUCUUCACUGGCACCAACUACUUACAAAAUCUGUACCUGGACAACGUAGGCCUGAAGGCUGUGUACGGCACGUUGUUCAAAGACGCAUCCACGGUGUCUGGGACAAUAAGCCUAGAGGGAAACGAGCUAAACCAGUUACCUGGUGAUUUUCUGUCGCAAGUCAGUCCAUACGAGAUAAAACUCACUUCAAACAAGAUAUCAGUAUUCCCAAAGGAUAUGAUACAAAACACAAAAGUAAAACGAAUAGAUCUGAACAGUAACAGGAUAGAAGUCUUGCCUGAUGAUUCAUUCAUUGGUCAAGGUCAGCUUCUGGAGGUUAUGCUGAAGAACAACAGAAUUACAGACGUCCACAGGGGAAUCUUUGAUCCUUUAAAAAAUGUUCAAACUUUGGAUUUGAGUUACAACCGACUUGUAUAUCUGGCACCAGGGAUAUUUGAUGCCAUGGACAAUCUACAUUCCCUCUACCUUUCUGACAACAUUCUCUUCUACUUCCCAGCGGUAAAUGGAACACGACUGGAACGGCUAGACCUGCAAAGAAACACGUUAACAUCAAUAGCUAAUGAUGCGUUCAUAUAUUUUAAUGGGACCCUAAAAAAAAUAGAUCUGACGGACAACUCACUGAACUGCGACUGUCAGCUGUACAAGACACUCGUGUGGGUCAAGAAAAGUAUCCAGGGCGGGAACUGCUCGUCGCCAAACGCAACAUCGGGAUUGUUAUUUGACCACAAGGAGGAAAACAGCACCAAGUAUUUUGCUAAGCCAAAGGGCAGGGUCCGUGGCGAAAUGGGUAUCGACUAUGUGUCCCUGAAUAAGCUGAUACAUGGGCUGAACUUGUUUUCGACUGUACAGGGAUUUAGGGCUUUGGGUGGAGUGAAUGAGAGUCACGCCCCGAAUUUGGCGUGCUGCUGA